UUGGUGGAUGGUCGUUUCCGGUUGCAGCGCUACUAUUUGAAAAAGUGUAUCGGUUAGAAAUACGGUCUGUCCGCCAUUGUUAAAAGACUACCUCCGCAAUGUCGCUAAAAGUAAUAAUUAGGGAAUAACAAAGGUUUAUUUUGCAGGAGACCACAUAUAUAAAGGCCUUUUCCUGUUAAGAGCUCAAAGAUGGCUCAGCGAGUAGCGGUACCAGACGGAGGGAGCAAGAAGACAUCCAGGGUUCGGGUAGCUGUUCGUCUACGACCCUACAUGGGCAAACAAGAUGAGAAAGGCGAGGGCCCGUGUGUGAGAGGCCUGGACUCCCAGAACCUGGAGAUAAUCAACUGGAGGAAUGCUACAGAAACAGUGAAAUACCAUUUCGACGUUUUUCAUGGUGAGCAAACAACACAGCAAGAGGUUUUCCUCUCAUCAGUGAAGCCUAUUUUACCGCACAUACUGAAUGGACAAAAUGCUAGUGUCUUCGCCUACGGACCAACAGGAGCUGGUAAGACCCACACCAUGUUGGGCAGUUCAGAGGAGCCAGGCGUGAUCCCUCGAGCCGUUCGUGAGGUCUUCAAUCUAGUCAGAGCUAAGGAUGAGGAGGAGGGAUGGGACUACAGCAUUGGCAUGUCUUAUUUGGAAAUUUACAAUGAGAAGGUUCUAGAUCUUUUAUCGCCGAGCUCCCAUGAUCUACCAAUCCGAGAGGACAAGGACAAAAACAUCCUUAUCCCUGGCCUCACUCACACAACAAUCUCCUCCUUCUCCGACUUUGACAAACACUUUGUCCCCGCUAGUCUCAAUCGUACUACAGCCUCGACCAAACUGAACCAGCGCUCCAGCCGCAGCCAUGCUAUCCUCCUCAUCAAGGUUGUGCGGACUCGGCAAGCUCUGCCCCACCGACAACAGAUUGGCAAGCUGUACUUGGUGGACCUGGCCGGGUCUGAGGACAACCGCCGCACUGGCAACCAGGGCAUCCGCCUGAAGGAAAGCGGCGCCAUCAACCUGUCUCUCUUUACUCUCAGCAAAGUGGUGGACUCUCUUAACUCUGGCACAGCCAUCCGUGUGCCGUACAGAGACAGUAAACUCACACGGCUGCUACAGGACUCUCUGGGUGGCUCCGCACACUCCGUCAUGAUCACCAAUAUUGCGCCAGAGUACAAGUACUAUUUUGAUACAUUUACUGCACUGAACUUUGCCGCCAAAUCCAAGCUGAUUGUGAACAAGCCCUUCACCCGAGAAACUGUGGCUGUGCUGCCAGUGAAGCGGGCCAGAGAGGACCACGAGGCAGGGGGUUCUGGCACUGAGCCACAGAAGAAGAGACAGAAAGAGGACAAGAAAACAGAACAAUAUGGUUCCUCACCUCACAGUCUUUCAGAACCGUCAGUGAUGGACAGACUAAUAGCUCUGGAGAAACAGAUGAUGAGCUGCAAGGACAAAGAUAGAGUCAACAUGCUGAAAGAUGUGGCCCAAUAUCGCAAGGAGAUCCAGGAGCUCAAAGAGAAGCAGAGGGAGUUUGAGAGCAAGACCAAGCUACUGAGUCGGCUUGCAGGAGAAAAGUCCAGUACCAGUCAAGAGCCCAGCUUCAAGAAGAAGAUGGCUCCUCUGGAAAGAGGGUCGUCGACUGCCUCAAAAGCCAACAAGCAGCAGGCUGUGGUCCAACCCCUCCAGGUGUCCCAGCAGCUUGCAGUCGUCAAAAAACAGUCCGUGUGCGUCAAGAAGAAGGAGAAGAGGCUUUCAGACCAGGUUGAGCCUCCGGAUGGUAAAGAGAACAAGAUGCAGAAUGGUUGGGAGUCCCAGCUUGACACAUCGGUGCUGGAGCAGUCCAGGCAGAAGAUCCUGCAGAUCCUCAAUACCGGAUCCCUCAAAGACCUGAAAGGCCUGCAGCAGAUCGGCGUCAAGAAGGCCAAACUCAUCCUGGGCUGGAGGGAGAUCCAUGGCGACUUCACAAAGGUGGAAGAUCUGAUUAAAGUUGAGGGGAUGACAGAAAAGAGAUUUUCCACAUUCAUGAAGGCAAACAUCCUGAGUGCCUUGGGAAUGUGAUCGUUUCUUUUUCUUAAUCAUACCUGCAUCUAAUGUAAAUAUUAUUUUAUCUAAGAAAUUUUUAUCUCCAUUUUUUUGUGUUUUGAUUUUGCUUUGUUUUAUGGUUUUGUUUUUAUGACUUUGUAGUUACCACUGUGCUCCACCUGAUGGCGCACUAUUGCUUUUUUAAUAAAGGACUCUCGUGUCACUAAA